CCGGCUCCAGCAGCACCAUGGACCUCUCCUUCAUGGCUGCGCAGAUUCCCGUUAUGGGAGGAGCCUUUAUGGACUCACCCAAUGAGGACUUUAGUACGGAAUACUCCUUAUUUAACUCAUCGGCCAAUGUCCAUGCAGCCGCCUCAAUGCCGAACCAGCCAGAAGAGGCAUCCCGUUCUUCAAAUGAUGCCAUUUUGUUAUGGAUUGCAAUCAUAGCAACAAUUGGGAACAUUGUUGUGGUCGGAGUUGUGUAUGCAUUCACAUUCUGAGAAGGAAGCAAGAAGAAGGCUUAAAGAAGUGGACAGUCGCUGUGCUGUCUCUCAUGAGUGUGUAUGUGUGUGUCUAUAAGCACACAUUAAUAUAGAAAAAUGUAUCUUUAUAAAUAUAUGUA